CCGCGAUUCACGGCUCGGUCGCUAAGUCAUUGUGUGGUUUUCAGCAGGCAACAUGGAGUGUUUAAUAGGAAUUCAAGGUCCCGACUUUGUCCUAGUUGCUAGUGAUUCUGGUAGUGGGAGAAGUAUUAUACGCAUGAAAGAUGACCAGGACAAAAUGUUCAAGUUGAGUAGCAAAUUGUUGAUGCUGGUGACUGGGGAAGCUGGAGACACAGUGCAGUUUGCUGAGUACAUGGAAAAAAAUAUACAGUUGUACAAGAUGAGAAAUGGAUAUGAACUUACUCCUCAUGCAGCAGCCAACUUCACAAGGCGAAACUUGGCAGAUGCUCUACGAAGUUCCUCUGCUUACCAAGUCAAUUUGCUGCUAGCUGGUUAUGAUGACACAGAAGGUCCAGAACUUUACUACAUGGACUGGCUGGCUUCACUUCAAAAGAUCCCAUUUGCUGCACAUGGUUAUGGAUCAUUCUUCUCCCUGAGUAUUUUGGAUCGCUAUUACAAACCAGGUUUAAGCCGUGAAGAGGCUACGGAGCUCCUUAAGAAAUGCAUUAAAGAGGUACAAAGGCGUUUCUUGGUUCGUCUCCCAGAUUUUUUCGUCAGAAUAGUCGAUAAAGAUGGUGUCCAUGAUGUUUCUAUUCCCUCUAAAAGUUGAGAAAGGAAAGAUCUAAAUGUUAUCAAAAAAUAAUUUUAGAUCUUGCGCGUUUGAUCUCUUUUCAACGUUUAUCGUAAAAUGUUCGUGAGACAUUUGAAGUAUCUGUCGUAUAAGUUAUAUUUUGAAAGUGCAUUGUUUUCAGAGUUAUAACUGUAAAAGUAGCCGUGAAAGUCUUUUGUUUUUGUACCGUCGAACAGCUGUGAUAAUAAAAUGAAGACAUUUCAUCA